AUGAGGUCGUGUCAAAUGUUUGCUGCACUCAGCGUUAUGACGGCGUGCACCAUGGCCAUACCGAUUUUCGUCGAAGGAGGACCCCGGUCCCAGAGCUCAGAGUCUGCCGAAAAUUACGCGCCCAAAGCGUACAAGUUCGAUUAUGCGGUCCACGAUCCGGAAACGUACGACGUGAAGAGCCAAUGGGAGGCGCGCGAGGGUGACGUGGUCAAGGGAGCGUACAGCGUUCUGGAACCCGAUGGUGCCAUGAGGCUGGUCGAGUACACCGCCGGCCCGGAAACGGGUUUCAACGCGGUGGUCAGCCGGUCCGACAGCGGAAACACGGGCUACAGGAAGCCCAGCAACGACGCGUUCGACUUCUGAAUCGCUGAAGCCGGCGAAGCCCCCCACCGCCGCCGCCGAGCCAUCCGACUUCCGGUGAGCGGCGAUACCGACGACGACAAUGACGACGGCGCCGGUGAUAACAUAAUAUUAUGAAAAACAUAUUAUUAAUAUGUUAUCAUAAUAUCGUUGUCGUAUUGCCGUCGUCGCCGCCCGGUCCUAAUACAUAUUAUAAUACGAUUAUUAAUAUAUUAUUAUAUACAUUAUUUCCCUUUCCUACCC